CCCUCCCCGCCGCUCUUCCUGGUGGUUGUGUUGUUGUGUCUCGGCCGCUGGAUGUCACAGUCAGAACCGGACGGUUCGUCGAACAAGUCGGAAGUGGUCCCGACCCGAGAGGAGGAUGAACCCAGCGGGCAGCCUACGGCAGCCGGGAGAACCGAGUGACCUUCGCUUUAUAGAAUGAUACACAGCCGUUAGCAGGGACGCUAACACACCACCGACGGGCUAGCUGCUCCGCUAGCUGCUCCGCUAGCAGGCGGUCUGUCUGUCUGUCUGUCUGUCUGUCUGUCUCUAUCAGCUUUCUGUCUGUCGGUUGUUCACGUUGACCAGCGUCGGUCCACUUUCACCAACAGACGAUCUAAAAUAAGAUAAAGUCAACCGACGAGGACAACAUGGAGAACAAGGACAAGGUCCAGAUGAGGAAUCACCCUCGCAGACAGCUGAAGAAGCUGAGCGAGGACAGUCUCACCAAGCAGCCGGAGGAAGUCUUUGAUGUCCUGGAGAAGCUGGGUGAAGGGUCGUACGGCUGUGUGUUUAAAGCCCAUUAUAAAGAGACCGGGGAGAUUGUAGCCAUAAAACAGGUUCCUGUGGAGUCUGAUCUUCAGGAGAUCAUCAAGGAAAUCUCCAUUAUGCAGCAGUGUAACAGUCCCCAUGUAGUGCGCUACUACGGCAGCUACUUCAAAAACAGUGACCUGUGGAUCGUUAUGGAGUAUUGUGGAGCCGGAUCGGUGUCUGAUAUCAUCCGAUUACGCAACAAGACGCUAACAGAAGAGGAGAUAGCCACCAUCGUGCACUCCACUCUGAAGGGUCUGGAGUAUCUUCACUUCAUGAGAAAAAUCCACAGAGACAUCAAAGCAGGCAACAUCCUGCUGAACUCGGAGGGCCAGGCCAAACUGGCCGACUUUGGGGUUGCCGGACAACUCACAGACACCAUGGCGAAGCGAAACACGGUCAUCGGCACGCCGUUCUGGAUGGCCCCGGAGGUCAUACAGGAGAUUGGCUACAACUGCGUGGCCGACAUCUGGUCUCUGGGAAUAACGGCUAUAGAGAUGGCGGAGGGGAAGCCGCCCUACGCUGACAUACAUCCCAUGAGGGCCAUCUUCAUGAUUCCCACCAACCCUCCCCCGACAUUCAGGAACCCAGAUCAGUGGUCUCCGUCAUUUCGGGAAUUUGUCACCCAGUGUUUGGUGAAAAAUCCCGAAAACAGGGCGACUGCCACACAGCUGUUACAGCAUCCAUUCAUCAAGUCAGCCAAGCCCAACUCCAUCCUCAGAGCCCUGAUCACAGACGCCAUGGAGAUCAAACUGAAGAGGCAAGAGGAGGCCGAGCAGAGAGAGCAGGAUGCAGAAGAUGAAGAUAAUUCGGAUGAGGAUGAGGUGGACCAGGGGACGAUGGUGCGAGCAGGAACAGACGACUCAGGGACCAUCCGGGCCGCUGGUUCACUCAGUGGUACAGCACGGACUAUGAUCGAACACGAGGACACGGGGACCAUGCAGUCACAACUGGGCACCAUGGUCAUCAACUCUGAUGACGAGGACGAGGAAGAAGCUGGUACUAUGAAAAGGAGAGAUGAGACAAUGCAGCCGGCCAAGCCGUCCUUCCUGGAGUACUUUGAGCAGAAAGAGAAGGAGGCCAACAGUCACAAUGACGGAGGAGGAAGAGGAGAAAACAACGCAGACAACCGCAAACUGCCUGCUGAAGGAGAUCUUCAAGUGGUGAGUACGUGGUCGGUGGAGGAGCUGCGUCUGCGUCUGGCCUCUCUGGAUCCUCAGAUGGAGCAGGAGAUCGAGGAGAUCCGUCAGCGCUACCAGGCCAAGAGGCAGCCCAUCCUGGACGCCAUCGAGGCCAAAAAGCGACGGCAGCAGAACUUCUGAGAAGGAACUGCCGGGCUCCUCACAGCAACAACUGGACGUGGGAUCUCUCGAGCUCUCUGCAGCGGCUCUGUGAAACGUCAGUAAUAAUAAUGAUAAUACGUGAAGCUCACAGCGGCCGAAGAUCUGCUCACGAGACCAAUAACUGUGCAAGGACUUCUGAUGACCCUCGCUUUGGAUGUCAAACUGCUGAAGAUGAACAAAGAGCUGUUCUUUGAUUGACGGAGUAUCGUUGACAUUUAUUAUGUUUGUUUGAUUUAAGAUCCGUGUUUCUUUUAUUCUGCCUUCUUGAGAUAAUCUGGAGCCUUCACGAACUGUUUUUCUGGUUUUAACAGAUUAAGAAAUGACAGUUUCUUCUUAAGUCCCGCCCCUUUUUGCUCUGUACUCCAGGAUUGGUUGAGCAGGCCUCAGUCAACCUACUCUCUUCCUGUACUCGGACUAUACGCUAGGCUCGUUUAUGAAAACCACAUGUGGAAGAAAGUUAAAGAUAAUAGACGUGUCUAUAGUCACAUUUUAACUUAGCUAAAGAUAGCAAAACACCAGCUAACUGAUUUAAGAUGUGAUUAUAUGUCACUUUUAGACCCAGGUUCUGACCGAGGUUUACUCGACUGUUAUUGGAGCACAGAGAAGAAAGGGGCGGGGCUUAUAAAGGGUCAGUUAAGAGUUGAGUUUGCUUUGGUAUCAGCAGCUGAUCUGGACGUUUCUUUCUGUGUAUUUCUCAACCCACAGUGACGAAGCCCCUCAGUUCUCUUUAAGUUUAGUUUUUUUUUUUUUUUACUUAAUCGUGUGGUACAACAUUUUAACUGCUGACUGUUCUACGUAGGUACUCGUCUAUUAACUCCUUUCUGUCAUUAAUGCUGGACUUUUCAGUUGUCCCGCUCUGGACUGUGAAAGUCGGGGUACCAGUCCAGAACUGGAUCAUUCCCUGCUCUGGAAAAACACACGAAAGGUAGAAAAUGCACAUUAUUAUUUGUUCCAGCCCAUAACUGCCUCUUCUAGUCGUAGGAUGUUGGUCAGUCUGAGGCUAAACACAGAUCAAAGCUUGAAGGACGAUGUAUUUCCUAUCAGCUGUAUUGAAUUGGAUGAACUGAGAGGAGAUAACAGGACAUCUUCAUCAUUUAUAAUGUGAGGGGUGUUAAACAUCCACAGUGUUCCUCACUCUAAACACAGAUUUAUCCUUUAAACUUGUUUCUGAAAACUAAAUGUCUUUAAUCCGGUAUGUGUUCCUAGGGUUUUUAUUUUCUACAUGCUGCUCUGAGUCUGCAACUAAACAGUUAUUAGACCCGUUUUCUUCUCGUUUGUUGCAACAACCCUUAAAAAGUUCCUCACAGUUCCUCUUCAGCGUGGAGCAAAACAGCAGAAAUACGUUAGUAAGGCACAAUUGAGCUUUUUCAGUGCAGAGUUUGGUCUAGUUUUAAAGAAAGAUGCUCAGCUAAUGUAAAUCCUCAGAUAAAGAACAUGUCAAGGUGAUGAUAAUUGUUGAAGAUUAAUACUUUGUUCAUAUGAUUUUGCCAUCCUCAUCUUCCUCUGCAUGGCGCUGACUGGAGGUUAGAUGUCUGACUUUAACCAAGCUCCCAGUAUAAGUUCCCAUUAUUGAACAGGACCAUUAAGAGACAAAUAUUCAGAUUCAUUGAGUCGUCACUAAUGUUGAUUUAGUAGCAGGUCACAAAAUAAAUAUCAGCAGAUGAUCACAAAACUAUAUUUUAGUCACAUUUACUUUAACUCUCCGUUUUCAGUAUAUAAACAUUUAAAUAGUUUGUAACACGGUAAUGUAGUUGUAAACAGAUAUAAAGACACUUAAAGUCUUUAUUAAUUAACAGUAUUUGUCAACAAUUACUACUAGAGUUACAGUUGAAAUAUAAUAAUAAACGCAUUAUAGUGUUUAUUAAAUGUUUAUAUUCUUAUUAAUGCUAAAUAAUGGAGGUUAAAAGUUUACUUUAUUUUUAAAUUACUGGCUAAUUUUACCUCUUCAGGUCUAACAAUAGUUAAUUGUUUGUUUACUUCAGUUUAUUAAUUAUGGAAAUAUGCAACCACUGAAGAUGGUUCGCAGGUUGCUUCAUUUAAAAGACGAGGAAUGACGGGACUAACCUACAACCUUACGUUUGAAUGUCUAAUACGUCAAACUGGAAUAUAAAUGUUGUUACAGAAAAAGGUUUUAAGGGAAUUUAUUGAGAACAUUUUGAGUUGCCUUUGUUUAACCUCCAGUGACCUUCUUAGUGUUUCAUUUAGGUUUAAGUCCAGCAUCUAUUUCUCUUCCUGACUAAGAUACUCACAAAGACCUGAGUCGACACAUUGAUGGAACAGAUUCAACUAACAUUUAAUCUCCUGGAUUUAUUAGUUGUGAUCAGACACACACACACACACACAUAAAGUGCCAAGAGGCCGCAGACUAAAGCUGGCGUCGACUCAGGUCUCUUAACUUCUAACAUUCCUCGGAGCAACUCGGCUCGUUUUCAUCCAUCCAGCACAAAGUGAGGAUUUCUAUUUUUCUACGUAGGUUUAGUGGUUACACAUCAGUUUAGUUUUGAUCGUCAGAAUGAAAACCAGCGUCUCAGGUCAUAAAACUCCUCAGGGGUGUAAAAUAAUGAUCCCUCACACACACAGAGUCUGUAUAUAUAUGAGCACCACCGGGCUGUAUUUGUAUAUUGUGAUUCCUUUGAGACACUUCUCAUUAACUUAUUUGGGCAGUUAUCACAGAGGCUGUGUCGGAUGUUUUUUUUUGGGGGGGAGGAACCCGUCAGCCGGACUUCCUGUAGUUAAAGUCCAGACCUGAUAACAGAAUAAUGUAUUAACUUCCUCCACACUUGUUCUGUGGCGUCUUUGUGUGCGGGACUCUCAACGUUUGUGAGCAAACAACUCAUUUCUUCACUUCUGUUACAAAAAGCAAAAAAAGGGAUUUUUUUUUUUUUUAACUUUCUGCCUUAUUUUAUUAUUUUGUCAGUUUUGGAUGUUUUGUGUUUGAGCAGUGAUCUAAUGUAAAACCUGGUUCUGCUGUCGAUGAGAUGAAAUGAUUAAUAAUGUUAUUAUUGUGAUGCUGAGCCGCUCGGUGCUCGCAGAGAAAGUUACUCUGCUGUUGGAAAAGUGACGCAUCAGAAAUGUAGUCGUAAUCACUGGAGACGGUUUUGGACAGAAAUGAAACUGUUCGGAUGUUUUUGGAAUCGGUUUUAAACACUGUUUGUUUUUUUUCUGCCUUUAAAAUGCUUUGAAUGAUUGUUUAAAGGUUUAAAACAACAUUGUUCUGUAUAAACUGGUGAUUAAUGAGGCCAAAACAAACCUCUGCAGAUAUUUGUAGGUUUGUUUAUGCUGCUAGCGGUCAUUGAGCAGCACGAAGGGACGGUCGGGACAGUUAAAGGCUGCACCGACAAUUACAGAUUAGUGCUAAAUAAAUAAAAUAAAUAAACAUAGGCCAGUGAAAACCGACCUGUUCUCAUUCCCAAGGUGUCAAAUACCGAUGUUACAGCCCUCUGUGUCUCCAUACAGACGCACCAGGAACCCUUCACUGUCUUUAUGUGAGUUCUUGCAUCAUGUGACAUUUAUUUUAGCAUGUUUUCCUGUUUUCCUAACCCACAGUAUCUAUUAGUGGACAGAGCUUAAAGUGUAAAGUGAAGCCAACAUGCAUUCUUUCUUAUGGCCAGCAGGGGGCAGCUCUAUGGGCUGCAACAAAUAAGUCUAAUAGUAUUGAGUCUUAUGGAGAAAUGAGUCGACUUCUCAGUUGAUUUAUGAGCUCAGUAAACAGUUUCUGCUCUCAGUCUCUAGUUUCAAGUCUUCUUCCAUACAGCAUGAUGUUCAUUUAGUAACUGAUGGUCCCAUUGAGAGUAAAACAGACCAUAAAGCAGGGUACUUUAGGGCGGGCUACCUGGUAGUAGUUUCCUCAUACAGACUCUAAAGGCUACAGCAUCCGUAUGUGACAACCUGGGAUGAGAACGUGUCGGUGCAAACAUGAGACAUAUCUGGAUGACAUUUAAAUCUGCUUUAAUUUCAGGUUAUAAAGUUGUUGGUAGAGCAGACAAAGGAAAGAGUUCUUCAUAAAGAGGACGUUUCAGUAGCACAACCUCUUCAUAGGGCUGUAAUUUAUUUAUCGAGUGAAUCGGUGUAAAUCCUACUGAAAGAUUCAUCUUUUCUCAACUGUUACCACUGCUGAGGCUGCUCAAGUGUUUAAUUUAUUCAUUUUCAUCAGUAGCUCAAAUCUCUUUUAGUUCUUGUUUCUAGUCGUACCUGCAGGUGUUUUGGUUAUUUUUUUAUACCACAUGUGGUCGAAUAGCUCCGCAUUGGAGUAGGAAUACAAACAGGCUGACGAUUAUUUCAUUGGCUUCGAUAUAAAACUGUGACCCUGGAAACGGAGAACAAAUAAAAAUGAACAGAACAAAGAAAAGUGGAGAUAAAUAACUGGAAUAACUUUAAGUUUGAGCUCACUGCUUCAGUUCAUCAUUCAGGUGAAAACCGCGACCACUUCCUGUUUCUCUGCCUCGUCUACACACACACACACACACACACACACACACACACACACACACACACACACACACACACACACACACACACACACACACGUUUGGAUCUGCUGUUAACUUUUCUGAGCUCUUCUCAUGUUUUGCACUCUUCCUGUAUGACGCCUGAUUUGUUGUUCACUCAGUUUCUGAAGUAUAUAUAUAUAUAAUGCCUUAAAGUAUGCAGUGGAAGCAUAUGUUUGAGAUGAUGAUGAUGAUGAUGAUGAUGAUGAUGAUGAUAUGUGGUUUGUGUAUUUUAUUUGUUUUUGUUUGCUUGUCAAUGAAUAAAAACUGAGGAAAGUUCACUCACAGUAGAAA